ACAGUAAAUUUCCCAGUGUUAAAUCAGCAGUGUUAAAGUGUAUUUACUCUAAUAGAGUCAUUAUAACAAUAGCUGGAGCAAAACGCCCCCCAGUGUGGGUGAUGAUUCGUGGAGUUAAAAGAGGCAGUGUCAACGUUACUCUAGAAAGCUCCUCCCACCACAGACUCGUUUUCAAACCAAGAGGAUUUUUCAGGACGCCAUUUUCUUCACAUCAGUUGCAGGGUACCAGAUAUAGAGGUCGUUUUCAGUAAGGAAGCAUGCUGCUUAAAGCAAAACUUGGAGGUGUGCAGAAAUUUGUUAGAGUAUCUGUGCCAAGCCUUAAGGAGUUUUUGAUUGCUGCAUUUGCAAAGUUUGGUGUGCCAGCCGUAACAGAAGGAGUGAAAGUUUUUGAUAGUUCAGGGACUGAGUUGGAUGAGGAUGUAUUUGAGGAUAUAAUAACAGAUCCCUCAACCAGGGUACUAACCAUCAAAUAUGAAACAGGUCUGGAAACGUCUGUUGCAGAAGUGUCUCCUGAGCGGUUCCAGUUAUCAUCGCCACAUUCAUCAGAUUCACAGGAUACGGUCAUCCUUUCAGACAGCCCUUUGAGGAAACGUCAGAAGCUGGAUGCAGAAGCUAAGCAAUUGGUGGAAUCGAUUCUCACCAGCAAACCUGGUGGAGAACGUAUAAUAAAUGAAUACAAUCGGACCAAGUCCCUGGUUGAUGAAACCAGAAGAAAAAUGGUCAACAUACUGGUAGCUGACAUGACAGAAAAAAAUGGGUAAUUUAUUUCUGGCCCUGUGAUUUUUACUAUCAUUUUCAAAUUAUUUUAAAUCUGUAUUAAUUUCAGGGAAGCUGACUGGUU